UACUUCUCGGUGGUUUUUCACUAGUUGGCUUCUAGUGGCAUCGUAGGGUCUGGCAAAUCGAAGUGUGCUCACCACCUCAUUCACGACUGUCUGGCAGUACGAGAUCAAGAGGUCUUGUAGAAUCACUAUAGUUCAGCUUGACGUUUGGCCAUCGUACUGGCCGACAAAUCAGGAGGAGCAGGCUCUUGAACUCUGUAUGUAUGCUGUAUAUAGAUUCUUGGUAUCGAUGCAGCCGCAUAAGCGGAGCAUGAUGCUGAAGUCGAAGCCGCGCAGCUGAGAUGGCAAACUUGAAGUAUAAAGAAGAAGUCUUCAUGUGUUCACUGUCGCCUAUCCGCAUCAUUAUCUACAGUGUAAUAGCAACUGCAUCUAUACUUCUUCCCAAAGCUCAACCUAUCAUCAUGAAGGUCUUCACUAUCACAGCAAUUUCCUCUCUUCUCACCCUUACCGCUGCCUUGUCUCCGCCAUACGAACCCAUUUGUGAGACAUGCGUCUAUACACCCAAUGAAAACAAGUGCGACAUCACUACGUCCUGCACGUAUGUUUGGGGCCACGACAACCCACAUACACCUGGCCCAUACUACUGCGCUUGCCGCCACGGUUAUCGUACGUCUCGCUCUAUCCAGCGAAACCUUCAGUUAUUCUCUAUUUGCUAUCGGCAUGUAACGCUGACACAUCCGGAUAGGUGCGACUGGGUAUGAGGCCAACAACAUGGAGGUGCAAUGGCGUCUGCCAUGGUAUGGCACGCCGAGCGGCGAUCCGAGCCAGGAAGGGAGGGUAUUCGUGAAGCC